CUUCGCCUUCUCAUUGUCAGUUAAAAACCGCCGCUGGACGCCAUCUCUUUCUUUCGCUUUCUUCAACAUGUCCGCAAUUCUGCUGCUACCCGACCCGCUCUUCUUCCUUUCCAGGUCAGUUCCUCUUCUCGCCGCCAUGAUUGUUUCAGAUUCCGAUUCGGCUACCCCAUCGUCCCAUUCUCGCCAAGCCGACCAAUCGGCCUCUGGCUGUAACCCCGGCCAUACUCAAUCACCCCAGCCGUCGCCGUCGGCCGUGUCUGGCCACAAACGGCGUCGAUUGAGGAAGCAAUUCCCUUCCUCAACCCCGGUAGAUGAGGGCUCAAGGGUUGAAUUGGACGAAAACAUCAUGGCGCUGUGCCAUUGCCAGAUUACUGACUGGGGGUUCGCCGAUGCUACUGACAUGGUUGGACCUUCCAUUGAAGUCCUGAGACCUACCAGCACCCAAACCGCCCUGGACGCUCCUUCGGGGUUCCUCACGGUCCAUCUGGCAUCUUUAAAGAAGGGGUUGCGCUUCCCACUCCACCCGUUGUUGGUCGAAUUCCUCAACGUGGUGGACCUUCUCCCGUGCCAGUUAGUUCCCAACUCUCACCGGUAUAUCGCCGGUUAUCUGGUUCGAUGGUGCCCUUCCUUCCGCCGCGUCCCAUGCCCCCCACCUGAUGCCACCCUUGUAUCCAUCACUCGCCAAGUCUGCAACAAGGGAGUUCUGAGCAUCAAGGAGGUGGUGACAGAGGAAACCCUUACCGGGUUGGGAUUCGAGUUCGCCCAGGAUGAGCUUCGUCACCAACCCGAUCUGCUGAGGGACAUUCCCGGGGGGCAUCACCCUGACCAGCUAAAGGACAUUCCUGAGGAAGGUCUUGACUGUGGUCCUUUUGGAGAAGAGAUGGAUGGCGAACUCCUACUCAAUCGCUUCACCGCAAGGAGGAAGACGAAGAGAGAGGCGAAGAGCCAAGGCAAGCGCUCUUCCUCCCACCGAGAAGAGAGUCCUCCCCGGGAGCCAGCUGUGAUUGUGGUGGAGGACCAAAAUGAGGCUGCCCUGGAAGUGGAGGACCAAGCUCGUAUCUCAGCGGGUUCUGAGGACGACCUUGACAACAUGGUCCUCUUGAGACUUAGUCAGGAAACGGGGUCGUUAAGCCGCCUCGGACGAAGCGAUGAAGGCAGCCGAGGCCAAGCAGACGGAGUUGCAAGAAGAGGUCGUUGUGCCGCCCUUGAGAUGGAGAAAGCUUCCCAAGAGGACCGCUGCGUCGCCCUUGAGGCAGACAAGGCCUUAUUAUCCUCUGAGGUGGAAUCUGUCUCUGCUCGUGUGGUCGAGCUGGAAGGGGAGAAGUCUGACCUGAUCCAGCAGUUGGAGAGGGAGAGGAGCGACCGGGUCCGCCACGCAGAGGAAGCGGUAGAAUCCUUCAAGUCCUCUCCUGAUUUCACGAUGGUCGCGAUGGAGCGGAUGGACAAGCUAACAGCUGCUUGGCUCCAAACUGAACCUGGGGCUCAAUGGAUGGUCAAGGAAGGGACCAAGUCCUUCAACUGCGGACUCUUUCGCGCCCAACAAGUCUUCCCGACCUUGGCUUCCCCCCUCCCUGCCGCUCCUUGGCCGAGUUCGACACCAGUCCUUACUUGGACGGAGGGAGCUCGAGCGCCUCUUAAGGAGAAGAAGAAGAAGGAGAAGAAGAUGGUCCAGGCGACCAGAAUCCGGGGGCUAGCUUAGCCACGCCCAAGGCGGGUGGAAACCCCAUCUCGAGCGUUUAACCCCCCUUACUGUCCUCUUUCAGUUUGUUAGACACUUGUAAUUUUUCCUUCGGAAUGACUUGUCAUUUUCACACAAUGCUCCCAUGUUAUUUGACUUGCUGGAUUCACCAUGUGCCUUCCUUUUUCAGCAUCUUACUUCAGCACUCUCUUCUUUAGUUUAGCUAAUUUACAUGUAUGUUUUAGUUUGGGCCCAACUUCUAAUCCCGGCCCGAUUAUCUGACCAGGCCCAAUCUCAGGAUUGGCCAGCGUGCCGCCCAACUAACCCAAUGCCCCUUUCAGUCUCUAAUUGGACCUUCGCGCGGCUCGACGCUACUUUAUCGGUUC